AUGUUUGCGCGUGCGACUCUCUUCAGCCUUUUGGUGAGUGCUUGGGGUGACACUGCGGUCAUCGAUUCGGCCCUCCAGAGUGAUGAUCAAUGUGACGCCGCCGAUGCUGAGUGCAGCUUCAACGCUUUGCAGCUUCGUGGUUUCAAAGAGGAGAUGGAACUGGAGGAGGGUAACGAAGAAUCUGAAGGCUGGUUGAAGGAUAUCAGCACCAAGACCAAGAACCACUUCAAGCACAUCUUGGCACCUCUCCAGAAGCCCAUUGUGACCAACUAUCAAUACUUGACGGUGUUGGAUACCUACGUGAACUACACCAUGAGGAAGAUAGAGAAUGCCACCGGCCGCAUUGUUGUGUGGAACCGCAAAUCCUUGCUCCAGGAAGCUGAGGAAGAGACUGAAGAGUCCACCGAAGAGGACGAGGAAGAAGUCCAGAACACUUGGAGCCGCCGCCGCCACGUCGGAAAGUCGGAAGAGUUGCCGCCACGCGCUCGAUACAUCAACAAGAUCCUGAUCUACCUCAACAAGGAGAUGGAUGCUGUGUGGAACCUGAACACCAUUGUGGACCGUAAGCGCUGGGGUGUUGGAAACACCAUCACUUCCUCUCCUUACGGACCUCAUGGAGAGCAUCCUAAGCGCUGGCGAGCAAAUGUCACCGUUCCCUUCCCAACCAAGGCGCCCAGCAACCCAGUGCUGAACUUGAACAAUUCUUUGGUCAUGCACAUGAAGCCAGAGAAUCGCAAGUAUGACAACAAGUAUGCCCAACAGUUGCAGGCCGACUACGCGUCUCUGAUUGACAACAUCAAUGAUGCCAGCAAGAAGUGCAAUGACCUUCGCGCUCGCCUCUUCAAGAUGGAUUGGUAUGCCAACAAGUUCAUUAAACUCCCAAGUGGAGUGUGGAACAAGAUUGAUGCCCAAUCGUGA